GGGACAUAGCCUUUGCACCCCUGGGGAAACUGAUGCUGGAGAAUUUCAAACUGGAGGGAGCACGGAGCUACUCUAAGAAGAAGACAGUGGUCAGUGUGCAGAGGAUACUCCAGGACCUCGGUGGACACCAGCCCUGGGGGCAAGUGGCUAAUGAGAAAGGAUGGGGUGGGAGCCCUAGCUGGCAGUGGGGAUGUGGAAGGAACCGGGCAUGGGUGGGUCCAGGUUUCCCUCACAGUCACUCCCCAUGCCAUGCGGUCGUGAGCCAGGUUCCUCACACCGACUUCCUAGCUCCACCAGUCUGCGGGGGAAGGGAAUUUCAGUUCAUGGGCUGCAGGCAUGGCCGCAUCCAAGUUUUUAAGUGAUAUUUGAAACAGGGCUGUGUCUCUUUAUUUUCUCAUCCGCUUGCCUCUGCCUGGCUUAAUUCCUACACAGUUUCCGAGUACAGCAAGAUGGCUUAUGAGUCCAAGGAAAGAGCCAGUGACUUUUCCUGAGGCACCAUCAGAAGUCCCAGGAAGGGUGUUGCUGGCUUGGCUUGGGUGUCCUGCCCACCUGUGAGCCGGUCACUGUGGCCAGGGUGAUGGAGUACUCCAGUGGCCGGGUCUGGGUCAUGUGACUGCCCCUGGUGGGGUGGUUCCUGCAGGAAGAAUUCUAGGUGUCCCUGGGCUUGCUUCAGCCACCGACAGCGCCGGUUCUCCAUCCUCGGGGACCCGAUCCUGGGCAAGUCAGUGUCGAACCUCCUGGGAGAGCUGCUGCACGAGGAGCUGGUGAUGCGGUGGGAGCAGCUGCUCCUAGACGAUGCCUUCACUGGAGGCGCACUGGCCUGGCUGCCUGGAAGGACGCCCCGGGUCAGGCAGCUGGUCUACCCUGCAGGAGGUGCCUUGGACAGGCUGCGCCCAGAUUUCCAAGAGGUUCGCCUGACCCCAGGCGGUGACCCUCGGAUCCUUGGGAAACCUGGUCACAUCCAGCUCCGGGGACCUGUCCGGCAGGUGGUGACCUGCACCGUGCAGGGAGAAUCUCUGCUGGCUGUCCGCUCUGACUACUACUGUGCCCUAUGGAAGGUCAGUAAGCAGGGGCAGCCCUCCCCUCUCCAGGUGCUGCAGGUCGAGAAGGGGGCCACAGGGGUCAACCUCAGCCCUCACCUGCCUGGGGAGCUGGUUGUCUGCAGCCGUUCGGGAGCCGUCUGCCUGUGGACACCCCAAGAUGGGCUUCAGCAGAUCUAUAAGGAUCCUGAGACCCUUGUGUUUCGAGACCCCUCUCCCUGGCGUUGGGCCGACUUCACCGCCCACCCUCGGGUGCUGACUGUGGGCGACCGCACUGGAGUGAAAAUUAUCGACACCCAGGGCCCACCAGGCUGCGGUUUGCUGCUUUUCCGUGCGGGUGCAGAAGCAUCGUGCCAGAAGGGGGAACGUGUCCUGCUAACCCAGUACCUGGGGGAGUGUGGCCCUGAUUCUCUGCAGCCUACACUCCAUCUCAUCUGUACCCAGUUCUCACUCUACCUGGUGGAUGAACGCCUCCCCUUGGUGCCCAUGCUGAAGUGGGACCACGGCCUUCCCUCUGCUCCCCUCCUGGCCCAGCUGCUGCCUCCACCCCGCCCUGGCUGCCCGAGGCCACUGCUUCUCGGAGGCCAUGGCGGGCAGCUGCAGCUGCUACACAUCGCAGGGGAGGGGGCCUCCAUGCCCCGGCUGGCAGGGCCGCCCCAGUCUCUCCCUUCCCGUAGCGACUCCCUCUCCGCAUUCCCCUUGCUGGAGCCCAAGAGUCAGCAACAGCUGCAGGAACGUCUACAAGCACCAACUAUAGGUCUGGUUGCCGCCCUUCCACCCUCUGCCUCCACACCAGUCCUGUCGCUCUUCCAACUCUCAGCAGCUGGGGAUGUCUUCCACCAGCGCCUCCAUCUUCGGGAGGACUCCCAGUCCCCUGGAGACCCCAGGCCCAACUUCCACGCCCCCACAGCUUCCUGGAGCCCCCGUGCCACUACUUGUUGCCGCAGGUGGCUGAAGGCCCUCCUGGAGGUGCCUCCGGCUCCCCCUGUGUGGGCCGCACCCACCUUUUCCCACCGCCAUCUGCUGGGCCUCAAGGAGCAGCGGAAGGUUGAGGGGAAAGUGCCAGAGGGUCUCCGGGCAGCCAUGGCCGAAGGGCGGCUGCUGCAGCAGAGGGACCUGGGCUCGCUCCCCACGGCAGAGCCACCCCCGGCCCCCGAGCCAGGCCCCAAGGAUGAGCUCAGUGAGCGGUUGGAGGAAGCCUGGGAAGGCCCGGCGGCUGCCUGGUGGGAGCGGCAGCAGGGCAAGGGCUCCAGGCCCGGGAAACAGCCCAAGCGACACAAGCGUCGGAUGCAGCUGUCCAGUACCUUUUCCUCACUCAGCGGCCGCCUGGACCUCUCAGAUGCCACCAGUCCCCCUCACAGCCCCGACCGGACAUCCCCUGUGUCCAGGCCUCAGCUCCCAGAGACCUUGCCCUCCCAGGAGUUGACCCAGGAUCUGUGGGCCCGAGGCAUCCCCUCAGAACGGCAGCAGACUCUCCGGGACUAUAUGGCCAAGCUACCCCUUCAAGGGGAUACCCCAGAAGGUGUCUCCAUACCCCUCUCCCAGACCUCCAGCAUCCAGGCCACCCCUUCCAGGCAGCAGACUCUCCAGGACUGCACAGCUGAGCUGCCACGCCAAAGGUACACCCUGAGAGGUGCCACUGUGCCCCCUUCCCAGACCUCCAGCAUCCAGACCACCCCUUGCAGACAACAGGCCCCUCGGGACUGUGCAGCCAAACGGUCACUCCAAAGAGACACACUAGGGGGUGCUGCCAUGCUCUCUUCCCAGACCUCCAGCCUCCGUACCACCCGCUCUGGGCGGCAGACUCCUGUCGUCUCCGGCUCUCAGCCGCGCCGGAAGAAGCCCCGCAUGGGCUUCUGAGGGCCUGAGAAAGCUGCUCCCCCACCUCCGAGGAGCCUCAGUCCUGGACCGGCCGUGCCUUCUGUGACUGAAACUUUGGGAACGGUCUCAGGGUGCAGGCUUCUCUGCUUCCUAAAGGCCACUGUGGCUGGAGACAUGCACAGAUGAUGUGGAGCCAAGUUGGAGGGACAGGAACUUCCUGUACUUUGUUUUGCCUGAAGAUACUAACAAAGGCAGGUUCCCUCCAGGAGCAGCGCUGUGCUUGAAGCAGGGCCUCCAGUCAGGCCGUGGGCUCCAGCUCACGCAGGCUGUGUCCCCAGUGUCCCCAGUGACAGGGUGAGACAGUGAAACGGGACACUGAGCAGCUGCUGGUAUGGUGGGCGUCAGCAGCUGCCGUGGGCUAGUUGGUGUGUGUGAAGCCAUUUCUACCAUGAGGGAGAUGCUUUGGGCCUGCUUUUAGGGACUGAAUAAAUUCAUCACUUGAACAUGGUUUUGAGUGAUGCAGUUUCUAGGACUGGGAGGUGUCCACUUAGGUAGUUUUUGGUGUCUGAUGCAUAGUUCAUUUGCUCAAA